UCCUCGAGACAGGGUUUCUCUGUGUAGCCUCGGAUGUUCCGGACUUGCUUUGUAGACCAGGCUGGCCUCGAAAUCAUAGAGAUCCACCUGCCUCUGCCUCCCAGGUGCUGGGAUUAAAGGCCUGUGCCACCACUGCCCUGGCUGUAAUGUACACUCUUAACCGCUGAGCCGUUUCUCCAGCCCUCAUUACCUUGUUUUGUUUUUGUAAAGAAAAUGGCCAGGUGAAUGGCUUCGUGGGUAGAGGAGCCCUGUCAAGCCUGAGGACUGGAGUUUGAGCCCAGGAUCCACAUAAUGGAAUGCAAGUUCUCCCCUGACUCCCACAUGCAUGCCAUAGUAUCCAUGUACCCAUCCCCACACACACAUCACAUACAUACACACAAAUAAAUAAAUAAAAGUAAGUACAGAAUUAUAGUGCAACUGUUUUGUUACCUGGAUUUGUUACUUCUCAAUAUGAAGCAAACAACUUUAUCAUUCCACUUAAUGAUAUGUAUCAUUUUUAAAUGACAGGUUUCUUUUAAUCCUAUAGUUGUGUCGGGAGCCGUGCCUCUGGCAGCUGCUUUGAUAUUUAAAUCUCAGCGGUGAGACUGCUUUUACCAGACCUUCUCUAAAGGCAGGGUAGAAUUUGCAAGUCUAUCUCCUUUUGUUUGUGACAGCAGGUAGGAUAGCUUGUGAGGAUCACACCUCUUCCUCAGGCUCCUCGUGGAAAUUAAACCAUUGUUCUGAGAUAUUUCUACUCUGGCUUAGAAACUCUACAAUAAAAAGACAGGCGGACAGUUACUGCAGAAGAAGGCUGACUCUUGUGUAAACAGGACACAAAGCAACUAGAUACAAUGUUGUGCAAUGGGAGGAGCCAGAGGACAGGGAAGAGGGGAGGAGCUAGAAAGCAGGAGGAGAAAGCACGAGGAGAGCAGAGCUGGAGGAGAGAGCUUGGAAGACCUGGAGCAUGAACCAGACUUAAGAUUUCCCAAAAAGCAAGUAUAAUGUGGGAAAUCUAAAUGCUAGGAAACAGAGGGCUAGAGGCAGAGGAGAGACGGGAGACUUGCUGCAGCAGCCUGCCUUUUGCUGUGGCUGUCGAGUCUGGACCUUUAAAAAAGUUUCCCGUGUGCUGUGUGUUUAUUUAAAUAAUAUUAAUCCUCACUCCCGACUCAAGAACCGUUCGACUCUGCUGGCUGGCUCCAGCAUAGAUGGUUAAUUAUUUAGUCUCUUUCCUAUUGAAGGAUAUUUGGGGUUUUAUGUUACAGCUUUUUUUCUGUUAUGGGCAAUGUCUUUAAUGUACCCUACUUGCUUGCUUGCUUAAUUAUUUACUCAUCCAUGUAUUUAUUUGUGUGUAUGUGUGUGCACAAAUUUCUGUUAUGGACAGUGUCUUUCAAUGUACCCCCUUGCUUGCUUGUUUAUUUGUUUAUGUGUGCAAGAAUGCAUACCUACCACAGAGUGUGUGUGGAAGAUUCUUCUGUGGUGUGAGCUCUAAGGAUCAAGCUCAGGCCAUCAGUCUCGGCGGCGAGUGUCUUCACCAGCUGAGCCGUCCUCCCAGCCUUGUCGGCCUACUUUGAUGGACAUCUUUGAUGGCCAUGGAAGUGAUUAUUUUCUUUAGUCUCCAGAGUAGAAUUUCUGAGUCAAAGGGUUUACGUGGAUUAAAUGCCACUUGUCUAUACUUUAAAAUUUGAUCCUCAGCAUGCUGGUUAGAGUGUCUCUUUUCUCAUAUUCUUGAUUACGUGAGCAUUGAUAGUCUGUUGUUGUUGUUGGUUGGUUGGUUGGUUGGUUGGUUGGUUUUUGAGACAGGGUUUCUCUAUGUAGCCCUGAAACUGGCUGUCCUGAAACUCACUCUAUAUGCCAGGCUGGCCUCAAGCUCACAGAGAUCCACCUGCCUCUGCCUCCAGAGUGCUGGGAUUACAGACGUGUGCCACCGCUGCCUGGCACAUUGAUACUCUUAAAAUAAGAUUUUAUAUCCCGAAUUUGCUAUCAUUUCUGUUUUCCAGCGAGCCAUGAAUACCUACACUCUGUCACUGGAGCAGGAAAUUCUGGGUUUCACAAGCUAGGGCUAGGAAUGAAUGAGAGCUGGCUUUUGUGGGGAAGAUAAAGGUUCCAUCUGUAGCUAUGCUACUUCCCAACUUUCAGUUUCUAUAAGUGUGACCUAAUUUCCUUUAUUGUGGGGUUUCUGAUCUAUUGCAUAAAUACAAUAUACUGACUAGCAAUCCUGAAGAUACAAUAUGACUCAUAAAGCAUUCAUCAAGAGUUAGGGACAGUAGUGCAUGCCUCAAAUACCUGCCGUGUGGAAGUUGGCUUGGCUGUGGGCAGGCUGAGCAACAGUUUCCCAGUGGGCAUGGCUGCCAGGCUUGGUACUUAGGAAUUUCUUUCUGCGAGUCCACGUGUGCUUUCGAAACUUUGAAGGAGACUGGCUCUGGCCACAGUGGACUCUGCUUCUCCCGAGAAAUAAACUCCAGGGAAGACUGAGCAGUUGUUGAAGGUCUAAAUGAUGGCCCGUGUGUCAGUGAUGUUCAGUGACGUGUCCAUAGCCUUCUCUCAGGAAGAGUGGGAGUACCUGGACUUAGAGCAGAGGAAUUUGUACAAAGAUGUGAUGAUGGAGAACUACCGGAAUGUGGUCUCAUUAGCAGGGUGCCUCAUUUCUAAACCAGACGUGAUCUCCUUACUGGAGCAAGGGAAAGAGCCCUGGAAGGUUUCCAGAAAAAGAGGAAGAAAUCAAGAUUUGGACACUAAGGAUGAGACCAAACAGCUAUUCUCAGAAAAAGGCUUUUAUGAAAUUAACUUAUCCCAGUGGAAGAUAGUGGAAAGAAUUGGGAGCAGUGGCCUGAAAGACCUCAUUUUAAAAAACAAAUGGGAGUCAAAAAGGAAACAUGAGAGACGAGCGGGCUCUCAGGAGGGCUGUCUCGGUCCAGUGAAGAACGCACCUGAAAAAAUGUCCUCCUAUGAAAAGCGUGCGUCUACUACUCCACGACAGAGAGUCCGUUUUGUGGAGAAGCCCUACGAGUGUGGCGAGUGUGGAAAGGCAUUUAGAGUGCGCCAGCAGCUGACUUUCCAUCACAGAAUCCACACUGGCGAGAAGCCCUACGUGUGUAAGGAGUGUGGCCUGGCCUUCAGGCAGACCGCACACCUGAGCAGGCACCAGCGACUCCAUUCUGGGGAAAAACUGUACGAGUGCAAGGAAUGUGGGGAAGCUUUCACAUACGGCCCAGACCUCAGGGCUCACCAAAAGCUUCACAGCGGGGAGAAGCCCUACACGUGUAAAGAGUGCGGGAAGGCCUUCAGGGUGCGAGGGCAGCUCACCCUCCACCAGAGAGUCCACACGGGCGAGAAGCCCUACGUGUGUGAGGAGUGUGGGAAGGCCUUCCGGCAGUACGCGCACCUGACCAGGCACCAGAAGCUGAACAUUGCUGACCGACUCUACGAGUGCAGAGAGUGUGGGAAAGACUUUCUGUGUGGCUCCGGCCUGAGGGUGCAUCACAAGCUCCACACGGGCGAGAAGCCCCACGAGUGCAAGGACUGUGGGAAGGCCUUCAGGGUGCGGCAGCAGCUCACCCUGCACCAGAGAGUUCACACCGGGGAGAAGCCGUACGAGUGCAGUGAGUGUGGGAAGACCUUCAGUCGGGGCUAUCACCUCAUCCUCCACCACAGAACGCACACUGGCGAGAAGCCGUACGCGUGCAAGGAGUGCGGCAAGGCCUUCAGCCGGUACUCCCAGCUCGUCUCCCACCAGAGCGUUCACGGUGGGGUCAAGCCGUACGCGUGCACGGAGUGCGGCAAGGCCUUCAGGCUGCUCUCGCAGCUCACGCAGCACCGGAGCAUCCACGCCGGGGAGAAGCCGUACGCGUGCACGGAGUGCGGCAAGGCCUUCAGGCUGCGGCAGAAGCUCACUCUGCACCAAAGCAUCCACACCGGGGAGAAGCCCUUCGAGUGUAAAGAGUGCAGGAAGGCCUUCCGACUCAAUUCUUCCCUUAUCCAGCACCUGAGGAUUCACUCUGGUGAGAAGCCCUAUGAGUGUAAAGAGUGUAAGAAGGCCUUUCGACAGCAUUCCCAUCUCACCCAUCACCUCAAGAUUCAUAGUGUCAAGGUGUGACAGAGUCUUAGCGGCCCUGCAGAACAUUCUGUGAAUGUCACAGCUAAUCGCACACAUGUAACCGGCCUGGCCUAAGAGGCUUUAUACCAUUAAAGGGAUGUGUUAAUUUAA